AUGGGUGACAUGGGUGCCAUAGAUUUACACAAUACGCAACCACUCUCUUGGCCAAAUACAGUUCAAUUAACAUUAAGUAUUCAAAAUUCCAGCGAAAUAAGCCUUUUAUUUGAACAAAAUGCUUUGCCUGCAAUUGAAUAUUUGGAUAUUACUAUACAGAAUCUGAAUACUAAUUUACCUUCCGAUGUAGAUAUAUCAGCACCAAACAUUCAACUUUCGAAAGAUUCUCUACGACAAACGGCUAUUGGUAGUGCUUAUCUGAAACAUUUACUCUUACGCUAUAUAACUUUGAAUGAUGUUAUCAUAUUGAUUGGUUCGUUAAUCAUGCCUUUACUUGAAGAGUUGAUACUUAUUAAUAUGUAUGACAAUACUUUAGAUCGUUUUGGUCAAUUUCAAGAAAUUUGUAAUUCUACAUACUUACCUUCUUUGAAAACUCUUCAUUUCUCAUUAUGUUUUCCUCAAGAAAUCGAACAUGCAUGGAGAAUGAGUUCAUUCAAUUGCAAUCGUCAAUGGCCUUUUGACAAUAUUAAUUCUUACAUAGAUGAGUGUUAUAUGCGUCCUCUAAAAGAAAGAGAAUUUAUUCCAAAAAUCGUAUUUGUUAUCUAUAACUGUCCAAUUAAUCUUCUCUAUCGUCAUAAACAAUAUUUUCACAAUUAUGGUUUCGCAACACAUGUAUCUGCUCCUAUUCGAACAACUCAACGACGAUUUGUUCAAUGGACAUGUGAUCAGAAAUAUGACGCUGAGCAACUUAACAAAACUCUCCAAAUAGUUGCAAGUGGUCAAGUUAAUGAACUUCGGUUAACAUAUUUAAAUGAACGAGUAAGUCGAAAAAAAAAUCAGUCGAAUGAAGCUUCUUAG